UAUUUGUCGUUACCUUGGUAAUCGUAUACUCUGCUUCAACAUUUCAUUAUGAAUUAUGGAGCAAGCACAUGCUUUAGAUCGCGCCCUCGUGCUCUUGUUUUGAAAGAGAAGGCCCCUUCAUACGUACUCCAUCAUGCCCAGCGGCCCGUGCAGCACAUCGCACAUGCACAGCCUGCAGCUUUCAUUCCACCACAGAUCAAUGAAAUUGUAGAGCCAGCGGCCCAAACCAUGGCCGCGAAUAUGCGUCGGCUGCCCGUCACCAUCCCCACCAUGCCACGGUCACCGGAGGUGGCGACAGCCUUCGUGGGACCCACCAUUGAGGAAGCUUCUCGCUACCCCAAAGACGCACCCACCAUUAUCCUACUACAUGGAUUUGAUUCCUCUUGUAUGGAGUGGCGACGGCUUUAUCCCCUCUUGGCAGCAGCGGCGCCCACCUACGCUCUGGACCUGGUGGGCUGGGGCUUCACGGACUGCUCGCUGUUCCAGUCGGAUCCCUCGCUGGUGAUCCGCCCCGAGGACAAGACCGCCCACCUGCGGGCAUUCUUGGAGGCCCACACGGACCGGGAACGACCCGUGGUUCUCGUGGGAGCCUCCCUGGGGGGGGCCAAGGCACUCGACUUUGCACACACGUACCCGCAGCUGGUUCGGGGUGUGGUUCUAAUCGACGGCCAGGGCUUCAUUGACGGUAUUGGUCGGAUGUCCUCCGCUCCCCGAUGGCUGCUGUGGCUGGGAGUCCGGGUGCUGCAGUCGGUGCCCCUCAGACAGGCGGCGAACAAGGCAAGUAGGUGGAUGGCUUACUUUGACAAGGAGCGCUUUGCCACCGAGGACGCCAUGCGCAUCGGCCGCCUGCACACCCACCUGCCGGGCUGGCUCGAUGCCAACAUCGCCUUCAUGCGCAGCGGGGGAUACGCCAUUAGCAGCAAGAUCAGCCAGAUCCAGCAGGACGUGCUCGUCCUGUGGGGCCGCAACGACGAGAUCCUGGAUCCAUCGUACGCCUCCCGGUUCCAGGACACCCUUCCGCACUCCCGCCUGGUCUGGGUGGAGCAGUGCGGCCACUGCGCGCAUCUGGAGCAACCUCAAUUGGCAGCCAAGUACAUCUUAGACUUCGUGAAAGGGCUGGCACUAUCUACCGCCGUCCCCGACCCGACUACAGCGCUGUCCAGUGCCAUCGCCGGUGGCAGUGGGGCCGUUAGUUCUUAG